AUGGCAAAUAUUAUAGCAGUCUUCGGUGCAACUGGAGCUCAAGGUGGUGGGGUCGUUACUGAGUUACUCAAGGACAAAGGCUGGAGCGUACGAGCUUUAACGCGGAACGUGAACAGCCCGAGAGCCAGAGCCCUCCGAUCUCAAGGUGCAGAGGUAGCUUUUGCAGAUCUUGAGGAUCCCAGCACUCUUCCAAAGGCCAUCGAGGGGUCGCAUGCGGUAUUCGGAGUUACUGAUUAUUGGCAAUAUGUCGCAAACCACGGCAACGUGGAAGCAGGGAACAUCGAAACAAGACAAGGUAUCGGCUUGUUAGGUGCUCUAGCUCGGUCGCCAACUCUUCAACACUUUAUUUGGAGCACACUUCCUGGAGCAAUCGCAACGUCACCGAACGAUAUACAAGUCCCACACAUGGAUAGCAAAAACAGAGUGGACAAAUACCUGGAGCAACACUAUCCCGACCUGCUAGCCAAGACAACCUUUCUUCGAGUGGCAUGGUAUGCGGAAAACCUGGCAUGGCACGACUUCUUCAAGCCUCAAAAAUAUAAUCCAGGCGGACAAUAUAUCUUUGUACAACCAUGUGCACCAACGACUGUAAUCCCCAUGGCUGGACACGUCCGAAAGAAUACAGGUACUUUCGUGAAGGCGGUAUUGUCACAUCCAGAGAAGUCCUUGCCAGCAAAGACUGCAGUUGUAUCUCUAGGGUUUGCUUUGAGCUACCCGCAACUACUCGAGAUUUGGAAGAAGGUAACUGGCAAGAAGGUUACGUUUCUGAGCUGUACUAAGGAGGCAUUUGCCUCUCUCUACGGAGAUGCAGGAUUGGAGCUAGCCUUACAAUACGAAUUCAUGGAGAAAAUGGGGGAGAAGAUGAUGGAUCAUCCCGAUAUUGUCGAGCCCUCGGAUUUAGGGAUUACACAACUAGUGGGAAUUGAGGAGACAUUGAAAGAGUUGGAAGGCAGUUGGGAUUGA